GGCCCGCCCCGCCAUUGGCUCGGGCGCGGCGGUGACGCGGCGGCGCCGGGCCGGGCCGGGCCCGCCAUGCCGAAGCGCUCCUGCCCCUUCGGAGAGGCGGCCCCGCUCCAGCUGAAAACCCGCGUGGGGCUGCGGGAGCUGAGCCGCGGCGUGCGGGGCGAGGAGUACCGGCGGGAGGUCUUCGAGAGGACCCGGCGGCUGCUCUUCAGGGGCGCCCAGGCGUUCAUGGGGGGCGCCUGGCCCGCCGGCCCUGCCGCCAGCCGCUCGCCGGAGCCGGGCGGGGAGGCCCGGGGGGGCAGCGCCGGACGCCGCCGGAGCGGGCAGCUGCUCAUCGGCCACGACGGGAAACUGCUGAGGCGCCCCGCCGCCACGGAGAAGGUUCCACCCGCGGGGGUUUCCAAAGCCUGUUCCUCGUGCGUAAGAACUGCUGAUGUUAAGGAUGCGUGUACGCAGUGCGACCAGUUUGUCUGCCAGAACUGCAGCAGGCUCUGCAGCUCCUGCAACACAGUUACCUGUUCUUUGUGCUCCACUGUUGAUUAUGGUGAUGUGGGAGAGCAAGUUCUCUGCAAUGGUUGUUCAAUAUUUCAAGUCUGAUACUUGAUGAAAUAGCCUUUAUGGCUAAGAUGUCUGUAAUUUUCAUGAAGUCUCCUCCUUAUGGCUGGUCAAUUAAUCCUUUUAGCAUGUGAAUUAAUUAUGGAAUUUCUAUGUUUUAUAUCUUUAUAUUGUACUUUUUAAUAAUGUAGCUCAAUAAACUUUAUAUUUUGAGGCUUUUUAGA